CAGUUCUUGUGGUUUAUAACUCUUUACUUUUUUCUUCCCUCGUAAUUAAAAAGGUAAGAAUUAAAAUAAAGAACGAAAAUAACUAUAAAUUACAAACUAUAAGGACGAAAACAGUAAAUUUUAACAAAAUGUAGGGACUAAAAAUGUAAAUUACUUAAACAAAAACGAAAAAUAAAAGGUAAAUGAGUUGUGGGAAGAAAGUUUUUUUCUUGUUUUGUUUUUUAUGGAUAGAGAGGAGUCUUGAAACCCUCCGGUAGACUGAAGCUUCGUCGUCUUCUUCGUUCCAACUUCAGAUAUCAAAUUCAGUGAUCAUGAAUGGAAGCAAAGUUGAAGAAGAUCUGUUUCAUCAUCAUCUUGAACCGAUCACCGAUCCUCAGCCCUUGAUUUUAGAUCACCAUGACCACCACGACGACCAACAGCCGCCGCCGGAGUUUUGUCUACCUCCAAUGUCGGAAUUCGACUUUUUUCGUGACGAAGAUGAGGAUGAUUCCAUCAGCCAUACGCCAUCUGAUGCGGAAGGUGUUCAGCCUUUUACCAACGAGGUUGUUUCUUCUGAAAAAACAAGCCCUAGGUUUCAAUACGUUAAUCCGGAGCCUCACAUAUCGUCUCAGUUCUACACAUUUAAUAUGGGGUCUCACUCUUUGAUGAUCCGUUGUAUCCUCGAAGGCCGUCUUGCGACUCCCGAUGAGAUCAGGGUGGCGACGCCACACGCGGUGCUUGCUAGCUGGCGGUCGGUGUGGAAGGACCGUAACGAGGACACGGCCUACCUGACGGGUUGGAAGCGGAUUCAAGACAAGCUCAGUGUUCACGUCGGCGAACACGGUAACAAAUUCCUAUGUUUCAAGAACAAUUCGAAUAAUCAAUUCGUUUCUCAUAUUAGUCAGUGGCAAGAUAUUGUUAUGAGCUUUCAUGGUGAUGCUGAUUUGAAGCACCUAGGGUUAAAGGAGACUAUAGAGAGAAUUAAGCAAGUUUGGACUGUAGGUGCUAAAUUUUAUGGGAUACCUGAAUCGUACAUUAGGGUUUGUGUAGCAGAGUGUCCUGUUUGUUUGGAUUCGAAUGGGUCUGGGGGGCUACGUUCUAAAAGGCGUAGGUUUGAAUACACCGAGUCGUUCGAUGUGCCAGCCAAAGAGGUGCCUAAUAAGUUGCAACAAUUGGCAACUAAACACAAGGUUGUUUUGUGUAUAAGGCAAAAGUAUAUUAGGUAUAAGCCAUUUAUGGCAGAGGUUAAAGAUUAUGCAUGUCAUCGAGCAGGGGAACCUGCCUCUGCGUCAAAGAAAUCAAGGAAUUUGAAAAGAGAACCUUAUGCGUCAAAGCGAUGUGGAUGUGGAUUUCGGAUAAGAGCAAUUGUGCCAAUUUCAAACUAUAACGAGAAAGAAAAAACUUUUGUUUAUCAAGAAGAGGGAAUGGCUGUAUUUAAACUGUAUGCAGUGCAUUCGGGGCAUGAGCCAGGGCCAUUGGAUGGUAAUGCAAGGAUAAUGCACAGAGUUGUUGGACAUAAAGGAGGGCUAUUGAUGGAACAGGAUAUGGUUUAUGGGAUGAGUGAAGAAGCAGAGAAUGAGAAGUUUGAAUUUAUGGGAAAGGAUGAUGGGGAUAUGCAGCGUUCUGUGUUGCACCAAGUGAAAGAAUUGAGAAAUGAAGUUGGGCUGCUUGAAGGGAAAAUAGCAAAAAUACCACCUGAGCUACUAGGUUCAGUGUCUCAAGAGUUGUUUGAUAUACUGAAUAAAGUUAGAAGUGUAGGUGCUUAUGAGUCAAAAUCAACAGGGUUGCUUUCUGACAAGCUGCAGUCUGAUGAUGUAUUGGUGGGAGAGAAUGAUUUAGCAGAUUGGAGCCAUCAUCAAAGGAUUUAUGGGGAUGGCAAGGAUACAGAUUUAAUUGAAGAUGAUGAUGACAGUUUUGGGCGAACGCUUGGAGAUGUUGCUUCUUGGGAUCAGAUCAGGGCAGAUUGCAGGACUGAGAAGGAUCUUCUAGGUGAGACUUGUAAACCUGAGAAAUGGCUGAAAUGUAGUGGUUUUGAUGAAAAAUCUGUACUCAAUCAUGAGGACUCCAAACUGAUAGAGCCUGUGAGGCAUGAUGAGACUAUGGAGACAGACAGCCUUGUUGCUUUGCAAGUUGACAGCUUUUACCCUGAAAAUCCUAAAUGGUAUGAAUCUCCAUGUGGUUUAGACCCUGGAACAGAUUGUGGUGAUAAUGGGUUCAGACACGGGGAGAUUGUGUAAAAUAACAAAGAGGGGUCAGUGCACAGUAGCUUAAUCCUAAGUUUAUUUGCUGCCAUUCACCUUUUCUGGUUGACUUGUAUAUUUGUGUCCACAGAAGAACUGAGUGGCUCACAUGCUUUAGGUCUUUGCUGCCAUUCACUUUUACUGGUUCUGACUUGUAUAUUUGUGUACACAGAAGAACUGAGUGGCUCACAUGCUUUAGGUCUUUGCUGCUUGUGACUCUGUAAACUAUAGCCAUUAGGCUUUUUUUGUACAUACUUCUUUAUGACUAUAUGUUAAUUGAGUUGUGAACCGAUAAAUUUAUGACUUUAUCUGCACAGCAGUACUUUUUUUGUUCUUUUCCAUCAAA